GUUCCGCUUUGGAUGGAGAUAAAAGACAAACGUUAAACAUAAUGGCGUACAAUAGAGAUUAUCCCAGCGAUACAUUUCCAGAUUACGAAUUAUCACAUAUCCCCAUUCAGAAUGAAACAGCAGAAAAAGCUGCCACGGCAACAACAGCAACAGCAACAGGAAAACCCGCUGCUGUGGGCGGGCCGUGGUACGAUCCACGAACAUGGUCGCUGCGGAAGAAAUUACUAGUCGCCCUCGGGGUGAUCAUCGUGAUUAUUGCGAUCAUCGUUGGAGCAGUUGAGGGUGUCAAACGUGCUUCGUAUCCGGAUUAUUCGGCGUUGAAUUAUGCCCUGGUCGACACAUACUCCGGAUCGUCGUUUUUCGAUCAGUUUGAGUACUUUUCCACCGAGGAUCCUACCAAUGGAUUUGUCCAAUACGUUGAUUCAAGCGCUGCCUCGCAGCUGAAUCUCACACAUGCCUCAAGUACAUCAGCCAUCUUGCGAGUCGACACCAGCACCGCCAACCAAACCAGCGGCCGCAAAUCAGUUCGUGUGACAUCGAAAAACACCUACGAGCAUGGGCUGUUCAUUUUCGACGUCAUCCACACCCCCUACGGCUGUGCGACAUGGCCGGCCCUGUGGCUGACUGACCCGAACAACUGGCCCACCAACGGCGAGAUUGACGUCUUGGAAUCGAACAACAAAGGCACCAACGGGAAUAUGAUGACUCUGCACACGACGGAUGAUUGCAAGAUGAAUGUGAAACGGAAAGAAACCGGGUCUGCGACGCAUUCCAACUGUCUGAACACGGCAAAUGACAAUGCCGGAUGCGGUGUGACUGGUGGUAAAGCGACUUACGGACAGGUGUUUAACGACAAUGGCGGCGGGGUCUAUGCCAUGGAGCUCCGCGAUGCCGGUAUUCGCGUUUGGAUGUUCGCCCGCGACUCCAUCCCCGCCGACAUUUCCAACACGAGCAGCACCCCCGAUCCAUCGACAUGGGGUGAGGCAUUGGCUGAUUUCCCCAGCACACAUUGCGAUAUUGGCUCGCAUUUCAGAAACCAGAGUAUUGUCGCUAAUAUCGACAUCUGCGGUGAUAUGGCCGGUGCUAGUGCGUUUUAUACGGAUACGUAUGAAUGCCCGGGGUCGUGCUCGCAGUGGGCUGCGGAGAAUGGAGGGAACUUUACCGAUGCGUACUGGGAGUUUAAGAGCUUCAAGGUUUAUCAGGCUGAUUCGACUGGUUCGACUGCCUCGUCGUCUGCUAGUUCUGCGCAGUCUGCAUCUACCCCGUCUGCUACGGCAGCGGCAGGGUCAGAGCAACAAGAACAGCAACAACAACAACAACAGCAGCAGCAGCAGCAACAAGAAGAUUAAUUGUGG